UCAUUGGGCCCGCACGCGAUGUGCAUCUUAAAGAGCGGGAAAUCGCGAUGAAUUUUACGCAACUUUCGAAUUUGAAAAUGGAACCUUGGAAAUUUUAAUUCCUUUUUCGAAAUUAUAAUUCGUGUUUUGUUUUUGGUGUACGGUUCAUUGUAUGGUUUCAAAAUGGAUGGAACUAUAUGGACGUUAUUGUUAUUAUUAGUGAAAAUAAGCGGUAUAACAUCACAUUAUAGGUACGAUGAAGUGAUGACUCCGGUCUCUGUGAGAUCAAUAAGUUUUCCAGCGAAGUACGAGAGAAAUCUGCCACCGGAUAGUACGGACGGGUCAUUUAAUGUCUUCAGAUUUAGAAGAAGCUUAGCGAUGAUGUCACAACAUUUUAGCGAAACAACUGUCAUGCCGGGUGUUGAUGUAAAUUUGCAAUGUGUUGUAAGUGGCACUCAUCCAGGAAGAUUUGUAUGGGAAAGGGACGGUAUUGUUAUAUCCUCGAAUACGGAUUCAAGAUACGUCAUCGGUCAGACAUUAGCACCAGACGGUGGAGUGAUAACACAACUGAACAUAUCACAUAUAAGGGUUGAUGAUGGAGGAAGAUAUGCCUGUGUAGCUCAUCAUGGUGACAGCAACAUCAGCCACGAAGACAGGGUCAAUGUUUAUGGACCUCCGUACAUUCGCAGUCUGCCCCCGAUUAAGGCUCAAAGUGGACAAAGUGUAACCUUAAAAUGCCCAUUCUAUGGAUAUCCUAUCAGGGAAAUCACAUGGGAAUACAGAGGUAAGGAAAUAACGCCCGAACCAACGAACCGUUACAAACGCAAUGCUAACAAAACCGAACUUUCUAUUGAGAUCUACGGUCGCAAACCAAAGUUAAGAAAACGUGACGUCUCAGUCAACAAUGAUGGUGUCUUAAAUUUAAGUAAGGUCUCCAAAUCCGAGAACGGUGCGACCUAUGCCUGUAUUGUGAGAAGUCCUUCUGGAGAAAUGGCUAAACGCUCCUUUGAUUUGCAAGUCGUAGAAGCACCUCAACUUGAGGAGAUAAUGCUGGCACCCGAUUUACAAGAAGGACAAAUUGUCCAAAUUCACUGUAAUUUGAAGAGUGGUGAUUCGCCGGUUUAUUACUCUUGGUUGAAGGACGGGAAGAAGAUACCACCACAUUUAAAGAUUGCUGAAAGGAGUUUAGAAGUGUUCAGCGUAUUGAUAAUCAAGAAUGUGUCACUGGAUCACUGUGGGACCUACACAUGUGUUGCUGCCAAUCAUGUAGCUAAAGUCGACCGUACUGUUAAUUUAUAUAUAAAAGUUGCACCGAAAUGGAGCGAGGAACCGCAGAAUACGUCGCUACUGCUCGGUCGGAACGGGCACGUGUCGUGCAAGGCAAAUGGCUACCCGCAACCUCAGACACAUUGGUUGAAGAAAGAUGUGGUAUCUGAAGCCUGGAGACCAGUACUGGAAGUAGCUGGCGGAGGAGUUCUAAGUCUUUCGAAUGGCUCUCUCAUUUUUGACUCUGUGUCAUUAUCUGAUGCGGGUCUAUACACGUGUCAUGUUGAAAACGGUGUGGGGGAGGCGCUUAGCAAAACUGUAUGGAUUUCAGUCAAUAAACCGGUAACAUUUGACGUAACAUCCAGAAACUUAACAGCAAAAUUAGGCCAACAAGUGACCAUAGAGUGUAUAGCAAAGGGCGAUGACCCGAUAAGAAUGCUGUGGACAAGAAAUGGAAAACCUAUUAACCCGCUGACACAACGGUUGAAAAUAUCUGAAAUGAAAUCCGAGGAUGGUAUGACAAGCAUAUUAGAGUUGAUACAGACUGAAACGAGUGAUGGUGCUCUCUACCAGUGUAAAGCUGGAAAUCCUUAUGGUGCGGAUGUCUAUUCUGUGUUUCUUACAAUAUUGGAACCGCCAUUACCUCCAAGUGACUUAUCAGUGGACUCAGUCAAAAGCCGGUCAGUACGGCUUUCCUGGAUAGACACAACGCGUUCACUGGCUCAAUACUACACUAUACAGAUAACGAACACGCAGCGAUUAUCGUGGAACAAUGCGCGGGCUAUUAAUGUUACCAGAUCGGAUGAAAUACGUCACACAGUCGACAUAGAACAAUUGCAAGCGGCAACAGGAUAUUCAGCUAGAGUAGCAGGCGGGAACCAAGCUGACCUGAGCCCUUAUAGUGUGCCUGUUAGGUUCACCACAGCUGAAGAAGCUCCAUCUUCAUCACCCCUCAAUGUGCAACUGGAGCAGACGUCAUCGCCCGGAGAGUUACUUGCAAGAUGGCUACCUCCACCUACCGAUACUCAUAAUGGAAUGAUUCUCGGUUAUCGAGUACGAGCUGUGCCACAACUUACUGGUUUUAAAGAAUCCCCAGAGAGCAGCGACAAGAUAAUAAAGACAACUUCUGUUUAUUCUAAACAAGAGACCAUUAUUACGGGACUUCUAAAAGGAGUGAGGUACGCUGUGUCCGUAGCAGCCUUCAACAGUGCUGGGAAUGGGCCAUUCUCUAUAGCCUUAUUUGAGGACACAAGGGAAGGAGCUCCCGAGGAAGGCCCAACAUCAGUCGAAUGCGGUGGUGUGACAUCAACAGCGCUGCGCGUGAGUUGGCAACCAAUACCGCACCACAAACAGGCGGGCUCGUUGAUUGGUUAUACUGUUCUGUAUGCUGCACAAGGUCGUCAAUGGCAGAAUGCAACAGCACCAGUAACAGAAGUUCGUUUACAAGGCCUGAAUAAGUACACCAACUACACAGUUAAAGUCGCCGGAUUCUCCAACUAUGGGAUCGGACCUUUCUCAUACCCUAUCGUCUGCUCUACUUUGCAGGAUGUUCCGGAAGCUCCGGCGGAAAUAAAGCUUUUAUCGCAGUCGUCAAACACGCUGCUUGUUAGCUGGAAGAAACCUCGACAACCGAACGGAAAGUUGCUCCAUUACACCGUCUACUGCAAAUCUACUGCCAGCAAUGACGGCCCAGAGUCCCACAGGAUAGAUGCGCAAGAAACUCAAGACGAGACACAUAGCCACGAGCUAAAGGGUCUACAGGAAGGCAAGCAAUAUGAUGUAUGGGUGACAGCAAGCACUGCCAUUGGAGAGGGUCCUCCAAGCAGAAGAGUGACUGAUGCGCCUCAACAAAGAGUGGUGGCCGGCGUUUCAUCCCUUGGUGGCGAAGUGGUGGUACCAGUGCGUGGCUCUCUGGUCCUCGCAUGCAAGAGCGUGGGUGUACCACCACCACGCACUGUAUGGUACCACAACCAUUACAUCAUUACUCACCACCCACGCUACACAAGGAAUAAGGAUGACAGUUUACUUAUUAAAAAUAUAGACCAAUCCCUCAGUGGAAACUACACCUGCCUAGCGAAAAACCUCUAUGGAUCGGAUUCAGUCGUGUACUCAGUCAAGGUACUGCCUCUCCCAGAUCCACCCUCAUUGAGAGCCACCCCAUUUAAAGACUCUAUUGUCAUUGAAUGGGAUGAAUUGAAGACUAAUAAUGAUACGCUUACAUAUGGGAUUAGUUACAAUCUAACAUGGCGUGAGGGUGAUGGGCCGUGGCAGGAAGCGUGGCCAGUGGUCCAAGAAACUCGCCUUGAAGGAAUACAACAACACACGCUAUCGGGUCUUAAGUGCGGCACCAAGUACUCUGUUAGAGUGACUGCUACAGAUAACGUUGGGACAUCUGCGCCUGCUCAUGUCGAUAUUACGACCUUAGGUGGAGCUCCAACAUCACCGCCUACCACUGAUUGGCUUUGGAGUAACGCCACUCACAUCUAUAUACAACUGAGUGGAUGGGACGAUGGUGGAUGUGACAUCACCAAGUGGGAUGUUGAUUAUAGACCUCUGGGGUCUAAUGUAUGGCACCGGGCUGAUAAUAGAGCGGCAAUGAAAAUUGCUCUUCACUGGGGCUAUGACUAUCGUUCAGCACUCGCUGCACCAUCUCACUACGCCGUAGCCGUUCAACCCGCUACGUGGUAUCAAUUACGAGUCACCGCGCUUAACGACGCUGGGAAAGCUACGACACUCUACACAUAUGCUACUAAAACCGUAGAUGGAGAGGAAAUCGGCCCACCAUCAGAUCUGUUUGACCUUAACAUGUUGGUGAUAAUAUGCAGCUCCAUUCUACUCGUAAUAUGUUCACUUGCUUUCAUCUGUAUUCUGGUUAAACGGCAUAGACAAACUUCAUCUCAGUACCGUCACUCCAUUGCUGAGGAAGUGAAAUCCCGGAACGAAAGUGUCGCCUCGCACUCCGAGAACAAAGACAGAUAUGCGCAUACGCCGCGGAUAUACACAUCUCCCAUACAUCCACGGAAACCUAAAAAUGAAAUGUUCGAGAUAAGCCCGUACGCGGAAUUCGCCCUCGGAUUCCGUACAUUUGACCACGUGGAAAAUCAGGAUCUACCCAGCAGACUACCUGGAAGACCAAGAUUCGAUACUGAGACAAGUUUCGCUAACCGAUCUGAAUCUGAUGAUAGCGAUAGCACAUCAAAAGCCACGGUAUCAGCUAUGCCAAGACGUCACUGCCGAACUCCGCACCACAGAUAAUAAAUUUAUAAGUUUUAUAUUCGAACUAAACCAUAUCAUAAGUAACGCUGUUAAUGUAUAAGAAUCUGUGUAAAAAUAUUUCCAUACGAGAUAAGUGUCUAGCUACUCAAAUCUGUUCUUCCUGAUACUAUUAUGAAACUUUGUGUGUGUGUACAUUAGUAAAUUGUCUAUAGUCACCAAUAAUUGAAGUUUCAAUCCAGCCAUACAGUUUCACAAUUUACAGAAAGAUAACAAAAAAGGUUAAAAAGGGCGCAGCAGUUUAUAUAUCUAAGGGUGCGUCCACAUCUAGCGAAAAUGCCGCAAUUGUGCGUGCAUUUUUGUUCGUGCUCCGCGCCGCUCCUGCGCCGCCCACGCGCCAUUCGCGCGCAACCUAAGAGCCGCACGCGAUCAGCGCGCGGGCGGCGCGCUAGCGGCUCGCGUCUUCCUUCCGCCCACGCCAGUAAACGGAACUGUAAACGCGCGAGAAUUGAGUGCGCGCACGCCUUAUACGAGCCUUGCAUGAGUUGCGCUAAAGAGGGGCACAUAACCAUUGCCGUGACUGCACGCGCGCAGCUCGCAAAAGGCUCGCGAGCUGCACAUUCGCGGCGCAUUCGCCAGAUGUGAACGCACCCUUAAAGUUUCUGGAUGAUUUUUUAUAUUCUAAGGUUAGUGUGGGUGAUGUACCUACGCCUUGCAAAGGCUCUAAUACUGCCAUAAACGUUUUGGUUAAAAAUUAAAAUAAAGUACCACGAACUUGUUUUACAGCGUCUGAUUAUUUGAACUGUGUAAAUAAUGAAAGUUAGGCGUAGCCAUUGUUCGAUGUUAUUUUUAAAAGACUGAUGUUUUUAGUAUCCAACUGACGAAUCAAUUUGCUGUGGGUGUAUUUCGUGUAACAAAAAUACAUUUUAUCCAUAGUUGAUUGAAAUACGUCUAUUUCUGUUGAUAAACUUGGAAUUUUUCAAAGUUAAAUUCAUAACUUUAAGGCCCUUUAAGAACAUAAUUCUAGUCCCAACAGCUGUCACUCAGUUAUCUAAGGAAUCAGACGUUAUUCUUCAAAAAGGGUCGUAGUAUGUAUAACAUUACUAUAAUUAUCAGAUAAAUGUUAGGAUGAAAAUUUUAUUGUUACUCAAUUGUCGUAUCGUAUUGAAAUAAAAUAUUGAAAAUG